AUGCCCAAACUCGUUUUCCGCGUUACGGGUAUUCCACUCUGGGCUACCGCAACCGACAUCGAGGAGGUACUCCUGUUGAGGGAAGAGGUCAGAGUAGAGCGCAUGACAAUCACUCCUUCCUGUUACGGUGAUAAUACCCAAACGGCUAUCGUCCAAUUCGAACCAAGCCCUCCGAAAUAUUUGGAGGAAGUCGUUUCUGGUUCUUUACGGGACCGCCAGCUAUCAAUGUGUGGCUCGGACAUAAACAUCGACAAGAAUUUCUACGGCUUUACUCAGCUUUACCGCAUAGAGGACGAUGCAAAGAUUGCAGCAGACAUUGUGGCGGUAACAGGGCUCGCAGGCCAUGCAUUUGGAUCUUGGAGAGGGAAGGGCGAUUUCAACAGGAUGUGGCUUCAAGAUUUCCUCUCGGAAGAUCUUCCAAAUUGUAGGACAAUGAUAUAUGGCCAUAACUCGGCACUUUUAAAUAAUGGAUUAUACCAAAUAAAAGACUACACCCUGGGAUUUAUAAGCGAACUCAUGAGAGUGAGGUCAUCAAUCUUGAGUAAAGGGAAAGUAAGACCAAUAAUCCUUAUUGGCCAUAGUUUUGGUGGUAUCAUAAUUACCCAGUCUCUUGUAAAAUGCAAAGAGCUCUCCGGCAGUGAUCUAGCUGCAAGUAAUAUAUUCAAGUCGACAUUUGCCACAGCCUUCUUCGGCACACCGCAUCGUGGGCUCCUCGGUGACGACAUCCUUAAAAUGGCCAGUAAAAUGGAAAAGGAGAGAAUAGAGCUUGUUAAGUCGAUUAGUGAAGAUAACUUGUGUGAUGAACUAAAGAAGUUUAUCAGACUUGCACCGGGGCUAAAGAUUCUAAGUUUUUACGAACAAUUGAAAGGGAAAGGGCUGGAAGAGGACAUGGAAGGGCGUUUUUCCAGAACCGGCCAAUAUGUUAUGGCAGUCAGCCGCGAGUCUGCAUUACUAAAUCUGGCCCCCGAUAUCGAGACUAGUAUACCCGUGGAUUCCGAUCACACGAAUCUGGUGAAGUUUAAUACGAAGGAAGAUGCGGCCUACAGAGAAAUCAAAUCCCGGCUCGGGCUUUUUCUGGAGCAAUAUUAUAAGAAAGGCGGAGAGAAUAAUAAUAUUAAUAAGAUUCAUGGUCAACCCACGCACUCUUUAGUUAGCGAUAUCCCGCCGGAACUCAACGCCUCAAAACAGCCCACUAGACACCGCACAAUACCUCACUGUGCCAGUCCAAUUUUUACGGGGAGAGAUGACAUUCUCGAGUAUCUGAAAAACUAUUUCUUCCCGUCAGAUCCACCCGAUUCAGACCAAAGGCUUGUCUUCGUUUUGCACGGGAUGGGGGGUUCCGGGAAAACCCAAAUCAGUUUGGAGUUCAUUCGAAAAUAUGGCAGCAGAUUCUGGGGAAUUUUCUGGAUAGACGCCAGCACGCCAGAAAUGACUGAGCAAAGCUUUUGCGACAUCGCACGAGAAUUUCAUCUUGAUGAAUGUACAUCGAAGGCUGCAAAACUAUAUUUAGCCAACUGCAAAAAGGAAAACCAGUGGCUGCUCGUCAUCGACAACGCGGACGACCCUGAUAUCGAUCUUGAGGGGUUUUUCCCUAGAGAGGAUAUGGGUAACAUUUUAGUCACAACGAGAAACGCUGAAUGUCGAUCCUUCUUCUCAGAAAACGGCUACUUCGAAGUGGAUGCGAUGGACCCCGAAGAUGCCGUCAAGUUAUUGCUUAAGAUUACAAAAUUAGAUGGGCCAUCGUGCGAUUCUAAGAAACCACUGGCAACUAAGAUCGUACAAGAACUGGGCUGCCUGGCUCUUGCGAUAACUCAUGCUGGAGCGUUUAUUGCAAAUGGCUCUACAAUGGAUACAUAUCUAGAGCAUCUUCGAGAAAACCCCAAAGACUUGUUCAAUAUCCGCUUCGCUCAAGGCUCUGGAGCCUACAAAAGAACUGUUUUUACAACGUGGGAGUUGUCGUUCGAUUCCCUGAAGGAUCCAUCCGCAUCACAAAUCUUACAGAUCUUUGCAUUCUUCCACUAUGAUAGAAUUCCUAAAGACAUAUUCAGGCACGCAUCUGGAAGUCGCCAGACAGAAGAGCUGCCGCAAUCAUUGUCUAGGCUUCUAAUACGGAGACCUGGUGGCACUUGGAAUUCUCUAGAUUUCGAGGCGUCAAUUCGCAAUCUCCUCUCUUUCUCUCUCAUAAAGCAAGACACAUAUAGAGAGAAGGUUAUCUACUCUAUUCAUCCUCUUGUGCAUACCUGGUGCCGCGAAAGGCUGGAGCAUAGCGACCAAGCUAGUUUUCGAAAGUUAGCUAGUACUCUUCUUGAACGCUCGGUAGACGGAAUCACCGAUCGGGAUAGGGCAUCUCUCAUACCGCUGUUGCCCCACAUUGAAUCAUGCAAAAGGACCGUCCCUGGUUUAGCCCUAUUUAUACAGCCUUCGUGUUUUUGGAGUGUAUAUCAUGCUGCAGGAAAAUGGAAAGAAGCGGAAGAAAUUACUAUAGAAAUGCUGAAUAAUAACAAAAAGCUGGGCGAGGAGCACCCAGACACCUUGACAUCGAUGGGCAACCUUGCAUCGACGUAUUGGAACCAGGGAAAGUGGAAGGAGGCAGAGGCCCUUGAGGUUGUGGUGCUGGAGGCCAGAAAGAGAGUGCUGGGCGAGGAGCACCCAUUUACAUUACAGUCGGAGAGAAAUCUUGUACAUAUUCGGGAAGGGAUUAUGCGUUAA